AUGAGCAACUACCAGCGACCUGCCGGCCGAGAGGACUUUUCAGUGGCCCUUGUUUGCGCCCUAUCACUUGAGUUCGAUGCUGUUUGUAUGGUAGUCGAUGAGUUCUGGGAUGAGGAUGGUGAUCAAUUCGGCAAGUCUGACGGAGAUCAUAACAUGUAUGUCACUGGGCGCAUUGACAGACAUAACGUUGUGAUCGUAUUGCUAGGCAAGGGAAAGGUGAACUCAGCAACCGCCGCCACAAGCCUUCGCGUAAGCUACCCAAAUAUUUGCCUCACAAUCCUAGUUGGAGUUUGCGGUGCCGUCCCUUCACUUAAGGGAAAGCAUAUUGGUCUGGGUGACGUAAUCAUCAGCGACACCAUCGUUCGAUAUGACUUCGGGCACCAGACGGACCACGAGUUUGUCCGCAAGAACACCUGUCAUGGUGAUACGAUGCCAAGAGAAAUAUUUAAUGUCCUGGAAAGCCUGCAAACAGUCUUGGGAAGGAGGCGGCUCAUGAAAGGGUCUGCGACAUUUAUUGAGGAACUCAAAGAGACUGCUGCUCGACUAGGCCAGCAUAGCAGAUAUGAGAGGCCAGAAAAAGGUGUUAUUGGCGCUUCUGGAUCAGCGUCGCAACCACUGGCUCUGAGAGAAGAAAAGGCUAUCGACAUACAAAUACCCACUGUCCAUUUUGGACCCAUGGCUUCAGGCGAUACUGUCAUGGUCUCUGCGGAACACCGUGAUCGGAUCGCCGCUGCUGAGAACAUCAUUGCAUUUGAGAUGGAAGGCGCAGGAGUAUGGCAAGAGCUACCAUGUAUCAUCGUCAAAGGGGUAUCCGACUUUGCUGAUCGCGAGAAGACCAAGGAGUGGCAGGACUAUGCUGCUGCGAUGGCCGCUGCAACGUCGAAAGCUAUCUUGAAGCAGUACAUUCACACCGACAGAACUUUUACUCCUCCCUCAGGCCAUUCCCUCUUAGCGAGACAACAGGGAUCAAAUUAUGGCGGGAUGAUAAAAACAAUCCAUCAAGUAAACCAGGGCAAUCAGAUGCGGGUUUCAAGUACCCAGCCACCUCGAGCUUACGAGCAGGAAGGGUCUUCAUUUAUGUCGAAUAUUACGUCUGGGGCCGGUGUGCAACAGGGGAAUUUUAUGGAAUUCUACUGA